CGCUGACGAGAGCCCGCGUGCAAGCUCGGAAGGGAAGUCUUCGUUCUGCCCAAUUCCGCGACGGGCCUCGUAGAGGACAUGAGCAUGGGAGGGGGUCGAUCCAAGGCGCCAAUUCGGACAUAGACGAAAGUGCAAUUGAUCCGCAAAGGUCGCGCAUGCAGUACAGAAUCCGUUCCAAGUACUCGGGAAUGCCUCGACGAAUCAACUCGGAGGAUUCGGAGUCUGGACCUCGUGCUCCUCCUCCUCAUUCUAUGGCUUCGGCUGCGUCUUCGGCUGCGGUUGACACUCGGUCGAGUUUCCUGGGCGUGGGCCAGGAGUUCGUCGGUAUUUAUUACGAUGGCAUCCCCGCCGAUGAGUGGAGUGUCAAGGUCUACAUUCGAGGAAGUGAUGUAGAGAGGGGGUCCUUGUGUGGUGAGCUGCACGAAGCAGUGGUGGAUGGGGCGCCGGGCGUGGUGAGGAUUUGGGAGGGUGAAAUCAUCGACAAUCAGAAUUAUACCUUCUUCCAGAGCAAGUGGGAUGUAAACUGGAACUUGCAUAAAGUACAGUGGAACCACCUUCCUGAAUUUCAAGCCUUGGAGGAGGAGGUGGAAUCGAGCGGAGGCUUGCUUCCGGACACCGCAAGCGGUGAAUAUACAUAUAUGAGAUGGAGGGAUUACUUCGACAGUGUACUUAUCCCACCCACGGGCGAAUCCAGGUUACAUUUCGUGUGUUUUCGAAGAUGCGACGGUAAAAUGCACUCUCGGUAUCAAGAACGCUUUCCCUCGGCAAUCGUCCAUAAUUUGGUUCUGCGACCCACAAUUCAUGGUCAUAGCGGGUACAGUUUUCCUACUUAUCAGCUUCAGUAGACCGAGUCCACGAUUUUGAAGAAUAAGGUUUGGAAGCAGGGUUCUGUAUGUGGUUUGACCUCCCAAACUGAUGAUCAUAUGAGCUCGCAAAGGAAAAAUGGAAACUACGGCAUGUGGUCAUAGACGGUUAGAGGAGAUCCAUAGGAUUUUACUUACUUUGGCUCAUCAUCUCAACCAUCUUCUUUGCAUGAUAUUAUUUGUGAUAUCGCUGUCAGCUGUCAGCUGGCAGCUGUCAGCAAUGUCCCACAGCUCGCCCUAGCUGAAGUUAAUGAUUAGACUUAAUGAUGAUAUCAAGUGGGCACUCCAGAUAUUCUCUCAUGCA